GCCCAGGGAGCGGUGUGAGCCACUCGCCCAAGAUGGGCGCUGGCGCCAGCGCUCAGGACCUGGCCGCCGUGGACGACGCGACGCUCGUGGGCGUGAUUGCGACGGAUCCGGAUCGCAUCGAGCGGCUGCUCCGCACGGCUCGGCAGCAGCCGAGCAGUGGGGCCUCGAAGACCGAGGCCCAGGAUUACGGCAUAGCCUUCAGCUCUGGCUCCUCUGAGCCUGACUGCAAGUGGGAAUCCGUCAAGUCGGAAAUCCAGUCCCGGAGCUGGCAAGUUUCUGGAAGUUGGGCCGUCCGCCAGUUUCGGUAUCGCGUGCGGGGCGACCCGCACGACUCCGAGGGCAAGUCGCCCUUUGAGCAUGCCAACUCCUACAGCAUGCACCGUGCAUUCCACCCACUCCUUCUCGGCAGUCGAGCAGCAGUGGUCUGGCAGAACCGAAUCGGAUGGGAACCCGUGUUAUCCAUUUUCGGGGACGACUUCUGCAGCCACGAGCAAGUCACCCUGCCCAGCGCCGAGCACGCGACCUUGGCGGGCGCUGCACAUGACGGAAAGGAUCCUGGGGCCUUGUUUCUCCUCAUGGUUCAGUGGGGCGACGGCCGCCCGGCCGAGAAACGCUGCCUCACGGUCAUCAAGGCGGCCGUGGAUGGCACAGAGUUAAAGCGCGAGGUCCUGGAUGGUGGAGAAGACGGUCUGAACAUGGUCCUCUUCGGCCACUAUGACGACCAAACCCAAACCCAGCCUCCUCUCUACGGCGCACAGCUCUCUGUAGCAUGUGCUGGCGGCCAACUCGGUGUAUGCAUGGCCCGCUUCAUGCACAGGUCCGAUGAUGGGCUGAAUCACCAGGGCGGGAUCUGGUUCACCUUGAGCGCGGACACGCUGCAGUUUCAGCAGCGGCCCGUGCGGACCAGCAGCCACUCUUUGGAUUCCGCCGUCACGACCAGCCUAGACCGGCACGGAUACCCAGAGUUUCUGUGCUGCGAUCUCGGUGACGCCUACCCGCGAGGAUUGCACCUGCAUCGCUUCGUGAACCGGGCCUUCGGCGGCGGUGGAAACCAGGGCCUCGUGGUUUACUCCUACAAGUGCCGCCACGGGGAGGCUCCGAAGAACGAUGCGGGGAUGGAGUUCGAGGCCUACGAGACACUGAAUGCCACAGCGGGUGGGCAGGAGAACGCUCCGACCUACUACAAGUGGAGCAACGACAACGCUUGCUACACCGAGCUGGGAGGCGUGGUGUCGGUGGGGAACUCCAUCGCGGUCGCUUUUGCGGGAGAAGGCUCCCCCCAUCUGGACUGCCUGUCAUCCGCACCUUUUGCCUCUGUGCCUACGGAGAGGCACCGCAUCACCCCGCGAAAUCUGGGCAUCGUGUCGGUGCGGAAGAACAUGGAAGGACCUGGCGGGGAGGUGUGGACAACGAAGAGCGACUACAGCCAUAAGGGCGGCUUCUACGCCUUCCGCGGGGAAUGGCAAGAGCAGGCCGUGCAGAACGUCUGCUGGCUCACAGACUUGAAGGGCGACGCCAACGUCUCGCGGCUGAGGGCCUGUGCCCUGGGAAGUCAGGUGCUGCUGCUCUGGGAACUCUGGAGUAGAAGCUACAUCACCACCUGCGCGCAAUGCGUGGACGAGAAAGGGGAGCCGGUCAGUGAGGUCCUAAACCUUGGCACGCAGAUCAGGCUUGGUCGCCGGACAGAGCCUCUGGCCACGGCCAAGGGGGAUGUCAUCAUCGUGCAGCGGCACGACGGCCCGGAUGGCCCCGAACUGGAGGUCAGCGUGCUCUCCACAGGUAUCGCCUCCCAGGCCACUGAGGAGCAGGACGUAGAGGUCACGGCCGAGGAGCUCGCCGCAGGGGGGAAGCGGAAGUUCAAGUUUGCGCGCAUGACUUUGUGCUUGAAGGCGGUUCUGGAGUAUUGCCGCGAGGCCAAUGGCGGCAAGGACACCUGGCAGUCCGGCACCUUGGGCGAGGUGACGUGGGAAGAGGCGUGCCAGCACGCGUUUGCCCAUAGCAACUUUGUGGACGUCAUCUUCGACCCCGAUGGCUUUACCAAGGAGACCCCGAUGCUCAAGGUGCGUUUGCCCGUGUAUCUGAAGGGCGACACGAACUCCUGCAUCAGCACCUUCACCGUGGUACCCACAGGGAAGAAGAAGGUGGUGGACUACAGCAAGGCUGCCGAGAAGAAGGGCGCGGGCAAGAAGAAGAGCCCCAGAUGA